UCUUUAGCUCGUUCAAUAGUUAAUAUCAACAAAAAUUAUCUGUGUUGCAGUUCAUCAUUUAAAUCAUGGAUGGAUCAAUUCGAUUUAUUUUAGUUUGUAUUAUUUUAACAAUCGGCAUAAGUGCAGCUAAGGAAAAAGAGAAAAUUGCUCAACUUUUUCGAGAGAAUUCAAUUUGUUUAAAAGAAUCAGAACUACUUGAAAAAUGUAUACAAUUGAAUUGUAAAAAUGAAGAUAUCUCAAUCGAUGCAUGCGAAUCAGAGAAAAUGCAAAUGGACAUUUGUAUUAAAUUAAACAACUCUUAAGUUCAAGAUGAUGAAGCGUCGAUAAAAAAAAAUACUGAAAUUAUAAAUAUCAAGAUCUUUGUGGCAUUGAACAGUUUUUGUACCGAAUUUUAUCAUAAGUUAAUGCUAUCUGAUUUUGGUUUUGAGCUUUUAAAAAUUAAUAAAAAAAACAUUUUGAUUCGUUAGUUGUUUUUAAUAAUUUUUUUAAUUCUGAGAAUUCAUAAAUUGUAAUAAAUCCAAAAAUCUACAAAUAAUUAA